AUGGCGACGCAGGCUCAAAAUCCUGUCGGAGAUGAGGAAUUGGAAGAGUUUAUUGUGGAGGUGAUUCGAGCCAACACUAGGGGCGUGUCGGCAAUCCGUAAUGUGACGAUGGAGCCCAACUGGAGCUUUGGUCAGUCGAUGUUCUUCGCUGGAACUGUCAUCACGACAAUAGGCAUUCCGCUGACGCUCAUCCUCGUCGCGGCGAUCGUCGAGCGUCUCUUGAUCCCGGCGACGCUGCUGCUGCAGUGUCUCAACGCGCGCCUCGGCAACCUCUACCAGCCCUUCAACAUACGCCUCGUGCACUUCUGCGUGCUCUGCCUCAUCGUCGUCGGCUUCUUCUUCGUCAUUCCGUCGGCAAUCUUCGCCAGCAUCGAGCCGGGCUGGAACUUCCUGGACGCUUUCUAUUACUGCUACAUCUCCCUGACGACCAUAGGCCUCGGCGAUUACAUUCCGGGAGACAGUCCCGACCAGAAACUGCGCCCUCUAUACAAGGUGUUCACGACAGGCUAUCUGAUCAUCGGUCUCAUCUUCAUGAUGCUCAUCCUCGCCGUCCUCUACGACAUCCCGCAGCUGAACCUCAGCCUGCACUUCCUCAUGAAGAGCGACGAGCAGGACGACUCGGAGAAGGUGCACCUACACACGGCAGCGGCCGCGUCCGGACCCAAGUACACGCAGCAUCUCGACGAAGAUGGCCCGAACAUGAUGAGUCCAGCUAGCGAGGGACCUUGAUCGAGGGGGUGUCACGCGCGGGGGUUGCUGGUGGACAGGACAGUGUCACACGAGGGGCUGGGAGUGGACAGGACAGUGUCGCACGAGGGGUUGGGAGUGGACAACGUUUGCAGUGUCACACGAAGGGCUGGGAGUCGACAGCGUUUGCAGUGUCACGCGGGGGUUGGGUAGUGUCCACGGUGUCACGGAGGUAGGUGGACACAGUCACGCGGGGGUGGUCAGUGUCCACGGUGUCACACAUGGUUGGACGCAGUGUCGCGGGGGUUGGCUAAUGUCCACGGUGUCACGGGAGUUGCUGGACACAGUGUCAGAGAGGGGUGGGUGGAAACAGUGUCACAAAGGUGUGGGUGGACACCGUGUCACGGGAGUUGGUGGACACAGUGUCACAGAGGGAUUCGUGGACACUCUGUCACAAAAGGGUAGGUGGACACAGUGUCACCAAGGGAUAUAACAUUGUCCGCAAUAUCACGGGGAGUGUCCAUGGCGUUACAGGGAGGGUUGGCAGUCCCCACGCUUUCUGUCGCUAGGUUUGGCAUGUAUGUUUAAGGCAUGCUGAUUGACGCGCUCUCUAUGGCGGCUGCUCGUUGGUGUUGCUUUGGGUUUUAUUAGUCAGUGUGCUUGUCAAUGAUUGUGCGUAGAGGUGGCGUGCCCGCACGUCAAGAGAGC